CCUCACCCGCGCGGGGUCGAUACGGUUCGGCCCGGGGGUAGAGUUGAUGAUGAGGAGGCAGUUUGCCUUGCGUGAGAAUGAGGCAAUCCACGAAACUUCUCGUGAUGCAAACAGAGACAAGGGUAUACACCCCUGCGUCGCCGCCGUUCACCCCUGAAUGUCAGUAACACACCGCGGCAGCGAUGGACAGCACCUCCAAGGACCGGCCAGGUGGAUCGAAGGCGCUCCGUACCAAAGAAGCCCAGAAGCUGCGGGCAAAGGCCCCUCUCGCCGCCCAAUUCGAGGACUGUGCGCAGGCUGUUAGACAGCUCCACACGGCUCUGAAUGCAAACCCUUCGGUAUCCGAGCAGGUGCCUUUGCGAAUUCUCAUAGAGAGGUGUCUCAGGCGAUUGACAUCAUGGGGCCACGACACCGGGGCGUCGUCUCGCGCCCUAGACCAUUCCUUGCGAAGGGCUUCGAAGCCACGAAGCAGCACCCUGACGCUGCUAAAGGAGCUGCACGAACUGGUGGUGCAAGCGACCGAGUCUCUGCCCACUGCAUUUGACGGCCCUGGAGGUUUCGGAGAGCGACCAAAAGGGGACCAAGCCGACCAGCCAUCCUCGUCAUCCGUGGCGUCGCCGUCGAAGCAAGUAGAGACGCAAGAGCUUAUCGACAUUCUUGGUCUGGGGGAUCAUGACUCCGAUUCGAGCCCAGAAAAAUACCUUGCCGAAGCCGAGGAGAUAAUAGAUGACCUGUCCGACCUUCGCCCGACUCUCCUCGACCCCUAUGACGAUGACGACCCUGAGCCGCUUCCAGAUGCCGACCAACUCGAUUUACAGGACCGCCAAUAUGUCCAAGAAGCGUUCACCAAGGCUGCUCCAUUCUUGGUCGACCGACUUGUUGCGGCAAACCGGCGGCGACGACAGAACAUCCACGGCCUGAGGGAGGAGGCCUUGAGGACCGGAGGUGGGGAUGGGAGGCCUGUUCCAGAGGCCGUCACCGUCGGGAAGGCUGUUCAACGCGCAUCUUCGAAUAAUUUGCGCCCAAAUGCUUCUGCGAGUCGUGUCCGGGGCUAUCGAAAGGCCUCGAGGCCAUCGGGUUCCGAACCUGGGGCUUCCAGGACUGCCCCAUCGACGACAGGCAAGACGUCGUUAUUCUCACACGACGUUGUCUACGAAAGGGAAUCAGUCACAUCCUUUGCAUCCACGGGCUUUGCUGCCCCUGCCACUUCCACUAUCACUGCCGAACUUCAACCUCCUGGGCCACCUGUCGACAUUAGUGACGAGAAGAAUCUCCCAUUUCGGUGUCAGUACUGCUGCUUUGAGGUUCCUCUGGAGCUUGACAAGCACAACAUGGACCUCAACGACUGGGUCACCCACUUCUACCUGGACCUGCAGCCGUACAGCUGUACCUUUGAAGGGUGUAAUCGAGCCCAUAAAUUGUUCGGGGUAAAGCAAGAGUGGUUUCAGCACGAGUUGGAUUAUCACCGAACCCAGCAAGCCUGGUAUUGUGCCAAGGCUGAGUGCAGGACCGAGUUCGAGACCCGAGCGCUCUUUGAACAGCACCUGAGAUCGAAACACCCGGAUGUAGUUGCCAAAGCAAGCGCAGAUUUCCUCGAUAUCCUCAUCGAAACCUGCCAGAGGGUCUCCCUCAAGUCCCAGACGUCCCCUCAGCAUGAAUGCCCCCUGUGUGGAGCUCCAUACCAAAAAGAUGUCCCAGCAGACUGGAAGGACCACAUUGCCUACCACCUUGAGCAGUUUGCCCUCCAGGCCAUUGGCGAAGAGGAGGACAGCCCGUCGUCCGAAGACGAACUCGAUCGCCAUGAGCUCGUCGAGGAGUUUGUUGAUGAUAUUCAGGAGAGGUAUGCCCCGCCCAAGGCCGACCCCAACGAGCAAACCGCCGUACAACGUUCCCUGAGGCCCGACGAGAGCAACGACCUUCCGGAGUUUACCGAUAGCUCUGGCGGUCUCGGCGACGGCGGGGGGGACAGACGCCAGCGGAGAGAUGGCGAACAUUUAUGGGCAGACAAGGUUGAAACGUAUCUGACAAAGCAGCCUGAGGAGGAUCAACCAGACAACCCCGAUACCACAACGGAGACCAUAUGGCUCAACGUGUCCCAGCGAAACGAGGAGUUCAUUGGCAGAGAUGGUGACCUCCAACACCUGGAUGAAUUCAUCUCUCAGUCCGGGCACAUCUGUGUUAUGAGCGGUCGCGGAGGAAUCGGCAAGACAGCCACUGCCGUCGAGUACGCACGUCGUUACGAGCAAAACUACUCGGCCGUGAUUUGGAUUGAGGCCGAGACUCCGGGCGGUCUCGCCGACAAAUACAACCACAUCGGCACCAAGAUCUUUGCACUCGGGCCUGAGAGCGAGCAGGACCCGCUCAGUUUCACGCUCUCGGUCAGGUCAAAGCUUGGGCGUUGGGAGAAGAGAUGGCUCCUGAUCUUUGACAACGUGGAGGCUUGGGAAGACAUAUCUCGGUACAUCCCCCGGAACCUGCCCAAGACUAAGGGCUCGGUCCUCAUCACCACACGACAGCAGGCCCUCAUCAAGACGGAAACGCGGGCGCUGCAGCGCGUCCUGCACCGCAUCGAGUUGGAACCGUUGACGCCCGAGGAAGGAGGCCAGUUCCUCCUCUGCUCCAUCGACACGAGGGUGACCCCGGAAGACGUGCCCGAGCACCCGGAACAUGACCUUGCCGUCCAAAUUGCAGAGCUCGUAGAGAGACUGCCCCUGGCACUCAUCAUGAUCGCUGGCUACAUUAGAGUGUCACGGGAGACCUUGGACAACUUCCUCGAGAUUUGGGAGGAGAAGAUAGCGUUCCGGUCCAAGCAGGCCACUCGAAGCAAGUUAAUUACCGAGGGUACCUUGGACUCUUCCAUCGACCUCCUCUGGGACAUUGGCAUCAGCGAGCUCACGGUGCCGGCACGAAACCUGCUCGAGAUCCUCGCCUUCCUCGACCCCGAGAACAUCCAGAAGGAUCUUCUUGUUGGGGACCACAACGAGAAAUACCUGGAAUUCCUGAACGCCACAGAAGCCACCGUGUACAGGCGGAUGAUCCGCCUGCUCAGCGGACGGAAACUCAUCGAGGUCAGGGUGAAGGAAGACGGCACAGAAUCGUACCGGAUCCACAGGCUGCUGCAGCGAAAGAUCGUCAUCGACAUCGGCGCCCAGCUCAAGUUCGACAGCGCCAUGAGGAAAGCCACGCGGCUGGUGCGGAAGCGGUUUCCCCAAUCGCCUGCAAUCCAGGCCCCCGCGCCCCAGAACUGGCGACUGUGCAGGGAGUACAUGCCGCACGUCUUCAGCCUCCUGCGGGCCUUCAAGGACGCAGAGGACAUGUUUCCGGGGUUCGAGAAGACCAGAGAGAUAGCCGACAUGUUCUACGACGCCGGCUUCUACGUCUGGGACCGGCAGGCCACCGAGCACGACGGCCUGGCCUUCCUCGACACGGCCGAGAGCAUCCUAGACACACUCCAGACCGACCCCAUGUCCGAACGGCGGGCCGACAUCCACUGCAUGUCCGGGCUCCUUCGCAACACCAUGGGCUGCCAGCAGCGCGGCGAGAGUCUCUCGCGCCUGAAGCUGGCGCUCAGCAUCCGACAGCACAUCUACGAGUCGACUCCCGUUUACAACAGGAUCAACGACGUGCUGCUCCAGAACGCUGCCACCGACUACGGCAUCCUGCUCCUCAACAACUACGACUUUGCCCAGGCCGAGAUCAUCUUCGAGAAAUGCCUUGAGCGGUACCGCGUCUGGGGCUCCGAGGAAGAGAUCCCGUUCGAGUACUCCAAGUAUUACUACAACAUGGGCAUCGUGCGCAUGUGGCAGGAGAGGAUAGCCGAGGCGAUCGAGUUCCUCCAGAAGUCGGUCGACCUGGCGGAAGCCACCUUUGGCGGGAAGGAGGGCCAGUACUGGGACAACUUCUUCACGCUCGCGUGCGUCGUUCGGCACUCGGGAGACGCCCAGAGGGCGCUCGACAUGCACCUUGAGACCCUAAAGGCCAAGCUGGAUCAGCUGGGGAAGCACAGCAAGAGCACCAUUCUCAGCACGUAUGCUGUUGGGGGCAUGUACGCCCACAUUGGCGACCUGUCAACUGCAAUAGAUUCCAUGGAGCGAUGUAUCGACCUUGCCACAUCCUCGAACUGGACCGAAGAAGCCCUCGGCCGGGCCCAGUUCCACCUCUCCCGCCUCUACAAACGCCAAGGGGUGAACCUGAAAGAGGCCGAAGAACUCGAGACGAGAGCCAAAGAAACCCUGGAAAGGUACUCGGAAUACGCCUCGGAAUGGGUCAUGGGCGUCGGGGACCCCGUCAUGAUGUACGACGACUUGCAGCCAACCGACGAGGGGCGAUUCACGGGGACGCUGCUGCUGAAGGUGUUGUGGGCGCGGCGAAAAAAAGAAAAGAUUGCGAGCUUCUUGGACCAGGAUGGGCGGCAGGUGACUGUGCAUACCGGGCUGUAGUGAGUGGGCGAGGCAAGACUGUCAAAUUCCAGGUUUGGAAACUUAAUAUACCAUUACCACCAACCAAAGUAAAUCUUCGUCUAUGUCAUGACUCGGUGAAUACCAGAACCC